AUGACCCUCACGACAUAUGCCUCGUCUCCGGACUCCCCGGACCUCGCCAUCCUCAACCUUUCUCGCCUGUUCGCCCGUCUCGAGCAUAAUCUCCUCUCCUCAGCCGCGGACUUGAAGCCCUUACGCCGGUCAGAAUACCAGCGCAUGAGAGUUGGAGCAAACAUAGAAUACGCCCGCACCAAUCUCCAAAGCCUCGAACAGACUGUCCCCCAAAUCAAGACAACCGAUCGUCGCAAUGACCUGCAAACCGACAUAGCACGCAAACGACAGAUCCUCAAACGACUCCAGAAUGUCCUAGACGAACUUAGCUCCGAAGCUGAGGCCCGACCCGCCCACCACAUCGACGAGGAAGAUGAAGAAAGUUCCCUAGAUAGCGAAGACCUUCUCGGCACCCCAGAGGAGGGCAGCACGACCGACGAAAUUUCAAACGAGGAAAGAGAUGAUCGCGACAACGCUCCAGAAGGCAGAGAACCCACAGCAGCCACCUUGCCUCCAACAACGACCACGGCCGAAACAUCACCUCCACCUCCGGAGGCAACUCCCGCUCCUCCACCUCCACCAUCAUCAUCUAGUACACUUCGAAAUAGAUCCAAUGCACCCACCACCACCUCGCCCACAGCAACCGCAACCGGAUCUUCCCUCCAUGAAACCCCCUCCUCCCCACAGCCUUCGUCCCCGUCCUCAACCGCCCGGCUGCAAGCCACAGAAGACACGCUUUCCUCUCACCGCGCAGAACAGGAGGACCUGACGUCCUCGCUACUUGCGCUGGCAUCGCAGCUGAAGUCAUCGUCGCAGGCGUUCCAUUCUUCCCUGGAAGCGGAGAAGUCCGUUCUGUCGCGGGCGGUCGACGGGCUGGACCGUACGACGGGUAGUAUGCAAGCGGCGGAGCGGCGCAUGGGCAUGCUGCGGCGGAUGACGGAGGGGAAGGGCUGGUGGGGACGGAUGAUGCUGUAUGCAUGGAUCUUCGGGCUGUGGGUGGUGGCGAUACUGAUCGUCUUUCUGGGUCCCAAGUUGAGGUUCUGA